CUGCACUUCUCCGCCCUGUACGAGCACGUACAUCUCAAUAGAUCAGCUGGGCCUUGUGAAGACAUUCUGCACGUCACUUCAUUUUUGUGCAAGCUUGAACGUAUUACUAUCCCCACACAAGCCAGGGCGGUGAUUGCACAUCCAGAGCGCCUUGAGAGCGCCAAUCGAGUUCUUGCGUCGCGGGGGUGAUUUCAGGAGUUCAGAUCAUGUCAUCAUUCGCGAAGUCCAAGUUGAAGGCAGCGAGAGAUGCUAUAGGCAAGAAAAAGUAUGAACAAGCGCGUGAAGCUGCCGCACAGGUUCUUGACUAUGAGCCUGAUAACUAUACUGCCCAUGUGUUUCUUGGUCUUGCUUUCUUAGAACUCGGCCAGCACGAGCAGAGCGAGCAACUGUAUCGAAAGGCCAUAGAGCUCAAGGAUGACCAAGUACUUGCAUGGCAGGGGAUCGCGAAGCUUUACGAACAAACUCACAGGUGGAACGAUUUGGCAGAUACUCUGGAACACAUAAUGCAGAUUUUCGCGAAAAAUGACGAUGCCAUGAAAUGUGCCGAGACCCUUCAAAAAUUUAUGGACAUUCGCCGGCAGCAUGGGACACGCCGAGAGGUCAUUCAAGCAUUAUUCCUUUACUUGCCAGACUCCUCACUGUACCCGGUUCUUUCAUCACUUCCUCCACCCGAUGCUACGAAUCCCACGUCGACUUCUAUUUUUCCUACUCAAUCGGCAAUCCAUAACUCACUCGACGUCUAUGAGGAGCUUAUCUCGCUAACGGAGCGAGAAGAAGAGAUGUUCAUGAAGUCUGAGUUUGACAAGCGACGCACCCGCCUUGGUGGUCCUAAGCCUGAGCAACUCAGGAAAGACAUUGGCAUCGAGGUUUGGCACUCGUCAAAACUUCCCGCGUUAUACAAUGAAAUCCUUAAUCACCCCAGUACCUCGGACGAACUGCGGCGCGCUACAGAAUCGAAACUCAUUCGAUAUAAGCAGCAGUUAUUCAUGGCACUCCCCUCCACUGACCCAGAGAAACGUCAAGUUGGGACGCAGCUGGAUGAGAUGGUUAAUGGAAUUGUGACGAUUGGCAUUCCGGAUGAGUUUGCUUGGUGCAUAUGGCUUGAAGGAAGAGAUUCCGAUACAGUUGAGGGUGUUGGUCUUCCAUAUCUCAAGGAGUUCAUAGAACUCUUCCCUACAAGUACAUUAGCGCUGAUGUUGAAGGGAUACUUUAUAUACAGCAGGGCUGCGCAUGGUGACGAAGGAUUCAUAGAGGAAAUGACGGUGGACGGCGAUCCUUACAACACUAUUCUUGAUGCCUUUUCAGCUCUCCCAGACUCAUUGCUAGCGAACAUGAUAACAGCCCGAGUACAUUUACAAGAACUCGAAUACACAGAUGCCAUCAAGGUCGCUGAAAGCGGGCUGGAAUUAGUACGCAGAUACGAGUCAAACACAGCCCGUGAACUCCGAGAAGUGCGCAAGGCCUUUCACAUUAUUCUGUCCACAUCCUUCGUCCAUCUAUUUCCUCCAAAGCACCACCCUCGCGCUCUUUAUUUCUUAAACGACGUUCUGACGCAAGAUCCCACUAAUGUGGACGGAUUGAUGGGGAAGGGUUAUGUUUUCCAGCGCGCUGAAAAAUGGGAAGAGGCGGAGAUGCUGUUUUCGCAAGCGGCGAAGCAGCUCCCUGAUGAUAUGGACAAAGGUUUGGAAGCAAAGGAGGAGAGUGCGUGGUGCCUCAGUCGGAUGCAGCUGGACGCUGGUGCGGAUGCUUUGAAAGAGGUUUUUGAGAUCUUGAAGGAUAUUGAGGAUCGUGACAUCGAUAAAGCUCGAUGCCUGUGGCGGAUUGGCAGAUGCUACUGGGAUCUAGGAGGAGAGUCUCGCGAGGAAGCUUUCAAACACUUCAUCACAUCGCUCAAACACAAUCGCGAGUAUGCACCAGCAUACACUUCGCUAGGUGUAUAUUACUCAGAACACGCGUCCCCGCCUGAUCCUACCCGAGCAUCAAAGUGUUUCCAGAAAGCGUUCGAACUUGAUGCUCGUGAAGCAGAGGCCGCGAGGCGCCUUGCGGAAGGCUUUGCUGAUGAGCGUGAAUGGGAUCUGGUCGAGGUGGUGGCUCGGCGUACCAUAGACGGUGAAGGCGGUAUGGGUGCGGGUAUGGAAGAGGGAGAUGGCGCAGCUUCGGGAAAGUAUCUUCCGACAAACGCGUGGGCAUGGAAGGCUCUUGGUGUCGUGGAGCUGACAAGGAGGAACUAUCCGGAAUCCAUCAAGGCUUUUCAAGUGGCACUCCGAGCGGAUGUUGACGACCAGCUCUCGUGGCUGAGACUCGGUGAAGCCUACAGCAAAGCCGGUCGCCAUGUUGCUGCCCUUAGGGCCCUUGGUCGAGCCCACGAGCUUCAGCCGGACGAUUGGAUGUGUACAUACUUCAUAGGGGAAGUCCAACGGCAAGCGGGGAGGCUUGCAGAAGCUCUUGCCUCUUUCCAGUCUAUACUGGAUGUUCGACCCACUGAAGCCGGUACCCUCUUAUCUAUUGCGCAGACCCACCUCGACCUAGCCCGGCAUGAGCGGUUUACCGGCUUCGUUGCUCGAGCUGAGCAGUCUUUUGUCUCCUGUGUCGACGUUGUGUUAGUAGCCAUCCGGGAAAGCCCAGGAUAUCGGGGAGUUGCUUGGAAAAUCGCUGCCGACGCCCUGUUUGAGUUGUCGGUAAUCACUGUUUUUGCGGAUGAAGCCAACGUCCGUGCAGUCGUGACUGUGGUUUGCGAACUCGUACAAGACCAAAGUAGCGCUCGGCUCGCUGGCCUGUUCAAGCCCACAUCUUUCUCUUCCGACGACCCCAUCUCCGGGCUCAAUGCACUCGAAGCUGCUGUCGCUGCCUACGAUUAUCGCAUCACAGUGGGCUCUUCUGAUGAAGCCGCUCUCCCAAGCUCGUUGUACGACCUUGCUGUCGCCCUGCACGAGUGGAUUCUGAAACAACCCCCUGAUACGACACAGCAAGCCUCGGAAGCAGCAAAUUCAUUAUUGAUUCAGGCCCUGCAGAAGGAGCCUGGAAACGUCAGGUUCUGGGUCGCAUUGGGUGAUCUCCACUUUGCGAACAAGCCAAAACUGUCGCAGCAUGCAUAUAUCAAGGCGAUCGAAGUUGACAACAAGAAUGUGGUGGCGUGGACCAAGAUUGGGCUCCUAUACUUAUACCAUAACGACAUUGACUUGGCCACCCAAGCAUUUACGAAGGCGCAAACUCUUGAUCCGGAUCAUACCCUGGCUUGGAUAGGCCAAGCGUUGAUUGCAACAGCAAAUGGUCACGAAGCAGAUGCUCGUACAUUACUCGAGCAUGCAGUGAGCAUGACAGCAGACGUGCCUAUGGCAGACCUGCAAUUUGCCUCUCGCGUUCUCGCAGCCGUAAAUGAUUCGAAUACAGUCAGUGCACCCACUACAGAUCGCCUUUUGCCCGCCUUCUUCGUCCUCGGACGAUAUUUCCAGCGCUGCCCGGUUGAUGCAUGCGGCCUCCAUAUCUUCGGCCUGAUCUGCGAGCGCCUUGGAAAACUUGAACAGGGUGUUGAAUACAUCAAUCGUGCAAUUACUCUCCUAGAAGCAGCAUACGAGGAGAAAGAGGAUCCUGUAAUCGAACGGCAGUUCAUCAUUGCACACACCAACAUUGCACGGCUCCGUCUUGGAUUACAGGACUAUGAGGGGUCGUUGGCAUCUUUCGAGACCGCUUUAGGUCUGCUUCCCGAAGAUGCAGAGCGGGAAACACAGAUUCUGCGUGUCCAAGCUCAAUACGGGUCUGGGUUGGCGUCUUUCAAGAUGGGUGAUCUCGAAAUCGCGAUGACGGCAUUCCAAGAUGCUUUGGAAAGCGCCGCCGAGGAUCGCAUUCUUCGAGGACAGGUUACCGUUCUGCUGGCACAGACAAUGUGGGCGAUUGGGACACCCGAGUUCCGCGAGUCUGCGAAAGGCUUGUUACUUGAGUGCAUCACCUCCGAUCCAGAAAAUUUGAUGGCAAUCAACACGCUAGCUGGAAUGGGGAUACUUACUGAAGACGACGGACUAGUUGAUGCCGCACUUUCCGAAAUUUUAUCACUCCCCAUCGAACAGCGACAUGUGCUCGAUCCUCAAAGAGACGUGACGUAUCUCCUUGUGCAACAUUAUCUUGGGCUGGGUGACUCCGCCAGAGCAGCUAAAAUCACCCAAAUCGCUCUCCAUGUAGAGCCUUCGAAUGUGCAGAUCAGGCGUGAAGUCGCAUCUUUGCUGCUCAGACAGGGAGAUAGAGACGCUGCAUCGGCCAUCCUGGCAUCGGUAGCACCGAAUCAAAACGUCGAAGAAGAAAAGACCACCCUCGCAUUAUCAGCCCUCGCACAACCAAUACAGUCUCAAAGACGUGCACAAAAAGCCAUCAUGCUAGAACCCGGUCAACUGCGAAAUUGGCAGACUUUGGCAUAUGUUCAAGCACAAGAAGCGCUAUGAUAUCAGGUAGGAUAAUCAUGAUGUACAUGUAUGUAGAAAGAGAGGUUCGAUACCCCGUCAUCCAUAAUGUGCCUGUUGUACG